AAGCUCUAUUAUUCGUCCAAGUGACACCAGCAUUCUUACAUCUUCAUUUCAAUUCAGGUCUCUCGUUCUCUCUUACUCUAAUUCACUUGAUAAGCUUCUUAGUUAUUGAGUACUCUCAGAUCUGGGGUAGGGUUUCUUUUUUUCUUCUUUUCUUUUAAAUUCCCAGAAUUCAACCAAAUCUUGAUUCAGUUCUCACUCAUUCGUCAAUUCUCUGUUAAAUCUCAGUUGAACUCCUGCAAAGUCUUCCAAUUCCGCGCUAAAUGAGAUCGAGCCAAUACACAGAGAGAAGAUGACUGAAGGCCAGAAGUUUCAGUUGGGAACAGUUGGAGCUUUGAGCUUGUCGGUGGUUUCUUCUGUUUCGAUUGUGAUUUGUAACAAGGCGCUUAUAAGUUCGCUUGCUUUCACUUUUGCCACAACCUUGACUAGCUGGCAUCUUCUGGUUACGUUUUGUUCUCUUCAUGUGGCAUUAUGGUUGAAACUGUUUGAGCACAAGCCUUUUGAUCCUAGAGCUGUUACGGGAUUUGGCAUUUUGAAUGGAUUAUCCAUUGGGCUUUUGAAUCUUAGCUUGGGUUUCAAUUCUGUUGGUUUCUACCAGAUGACGAAACUUGCAAUCAUCCCCUGCACUGUUCUUUUGGAGACCCUAUUCUUCAGAAAGCGAUUCAGUCGGAGUAUCCAGUUUUCACUGGCCAUUCUUCUUGUGGGUGUUGGAAUUGCAACUGUGACUGAUCUUCAGCUCAAUGCUUUGGGCUCUGUCUUGUCACUACUGGCGGUUAUUACAACUUGUGUUGCUCAGAUUAUGACCAAUACCAUCCAGAAGAAGUUCAAAGUUUCUUCAACUCAACUUCUCUAUCAGUCUUGCCCUUAUCAGGCAAUGACUUUGUUCAUUGUUGGCCCAUUUCUAGAUGGGCUUUUGACCAACCAAAAUGUGUUUGCUUUUAAAUAUACCCCUCAAGUAUUGUUCUUCGUUGUUCUAUCCUGCCUGAUAUCUGUCUCUGUUAACUUCAGUACAUUUCUGGUUAUUGGAAAGACAUCUCCAGUCACUUAUCAGGUCCUAGGACAUCUAAAAACAUGUUUAGUUUUGGCAUUUGGCUAUGUACUACUUCAUGACCCAUUCAGCUGGCGGAACAUCCUGGGGAUCCUGAUUGCUGUUGUUGGAAUGGUAAUUUAUUCAUAUCAUUGCACUGUUGAGAGCCAGCAGAAGGCUAAUGAAGCAGCAACCCAAUUGCCGCAGGUAAAGGAAAGUGAAUCCGUUCCACUUAUUAGUGUGGAAAAAGGAACAGGGAUUAACGAUGGUGUUGCAAAGGUUCCUGUAUGGAAUUCGAACAAGGACUUGCAUGCGUGAAAACUUAUUCUGGAUCCUGAUUAAUCCAUUCACCCUUGAUAAAAUCUGAGUCUGUAAAUGUGUUCCAGCGAUGAAGAUGUUGCUGACUGUCCUUCAUGGGUUAUGCGUGUAUUGCAUAGCUGGCGAUUGGGUACUCAGAGUUUAAAAGUUGAAAUAUAGUAAUCCCAGAGACAAUAAAUUGCCAUUUUAUAUGAGAAAUUUUGGUUAAUGGUUUCGAUA